AUGAAGGUUUAUCAAAGUUUUUUUGCUUUAGUUUUAUUAAGCUCAUUCGUUUUGGGUUUGCAAUGUUCUAAACACGAGGUUUUGAAAUUAUAUGAUCUUGAUAAGAGCAUGAGUCUCUCAGAACUCGAAAAAGAAACACCUCCUACUACUACUGUUGAAAAAUGGUACAUAAAUAUUUGUAACGAGGAUAAUGGAAAGAAUAGCAAAGAACUAUACGAAGGUUGUAAGAAGACUGAUUUGAUGUGUGGAGUAAGAUUGAUUAAAAGUGCUACUAAUAAAAAUGAUUCCCCACUCUUGGCACAAUUGAUUGAUAUCGAUGAUUCUUCAAAAUUAGAGGUAUCUGUGGUUGAUAAUAAUUUAUCGUUACAAUUUAAGGAUGUUGUUUGGGGUCCGAAUAAAGUCGAUGCAUCGGUAGUAUAUACAUGUGAUAAAAAUAUGAAAGUUGACGAGGUUACAUCAGUUUGGCUGGAAAAUAAUAUACAGGUUUCAAUCAAGGGUCCAUCGGGUUGUUUAAAGGACAACAACAAAGAUUCAGACAACAACAACUCAGGAAACAAUGGUGAGAACAAUGAAAAACAAUCCAGUGGAUUUCCAUGGUUCAUGGUUAUGCUAAUGUAUGUGAUUGUAUUCACAGUCGUUUAUGUAUCUGUUAUGUCAUACAAAAACACAAGAGGUGGUUCCUUUAAUGAGUUCUCUGUGGAGUUCAUCGAACGUUUUACUCAAUUGAUCACUUCUCUGCCAGAUUUAUUAAAAGAAGUUGUAUCGAAAAUCUUCGGAAGUAGAUCAUCUACGGAAAGAGGUGGUUAUAGUGUAUUAUAA